UCCUCGAUCCCCCCUCCCGGGGCCGGGCCGAAGCCGCCGCUCCGCCCCGGGGAACUGGGGGACGAUACAGCCCGUCGAGGCAACGCCGCCUCCGCAGCCCAUCACCGCCAGCAGCACCAACCCCCCCCCCCUCCCCGCAACGGACGGUGCGGGGCCGGUCGGCAGCGGGUGCUCGGGGGGAGGCAGGGAAGAAGCAUGAUCAAGAUGAACUGCAUCCUGUUAACCGCCUGCCUUGUUCUGGUUGCUUUUUGUAGUUCUGGUUAUGCCCUGAGGUGUUACCACUGCGACAACAGCCCUUCCUUGUGCAAGACCAAUAGUACGUGCCUAGCGACCGAAGAUACUUGCUUGCAGAUGAAAUUUGGUAAAUUGAGAACUUCCUCCUGCUGGAAGGCAUCCCAGUGCAGCAUGAAUGAUAUUGCCGAAUUCUUCCAGUUGGAUAAUUUUGAAUUCUUUUGCUGCCAACACGACUUGUGCAACGAGAGCGCAACUACUGGGGUUAACAAAGCAGCCUUCAGUAUUGCCUCCGUAAUGACCAUGUUAUGGAUGCUUCUGUAAUAAUCCCGAUUUGUAUGCUGUACUAUCAAGCUGAGAUUAUACAAAAUCAUUAACUCUCUUCUGAAUCGUUACUUCUCGCAUUUUCAGUUCCUAACUGUGGGCUGAAACAUUACCUUUUAAUGUUAAAUUCUGUUUGCUAAGGUUCCAUCUGUUAAAUCACCAUCUCCAGCCAUGGGAAGGAGACGUAUAUUGUUACCUGUUAUAGGGAGUUCAGGUAUUUUGGUGUACCGUAUUCAUGGGGAAAAUAACUUGUUAAGAAGUGGUGUUAUCUUGUGGAGAACCUCGGCAAACUUCCGUGGGUGAUGUGAAAGGGAAUGAAUACUGUAGGUUUUUAUGCUGGAAAACUAUAAUUUCUUACCAUCCCAUAAAUUGUGAUUGGUUUUGGUUGGGAUUUCUGUGGGGUUUUUUGGUGAGUUUGGAAAUAUUGUUUUGAUGAGUAUGGAAAUACUUAGUUUCAAGUGAUGUAGACUCUUUGUUCCCAUCACUGUAAUUAUAUUUUUUUUUUCUUUCUACAAGCCAGUGAUAUAACCUUGUAAGUACUGUUAUUUUGGGAGAAAACAUCUACAUUUCUUAAACCAAAACCAAAAUAAUGCCUCUUUUUAUAUUUCUGUGAACAUGCAGACAACACAUGCUAGCUUCUUUUGCAAGCUUCCCCCCCCCCUUUAUCCACAUCUAGGAUUUUAACUAAGCAUGUGCUUUGCACUGAGUAUUUAAUGGAAUACUGAAAAUAGUUUAUAAAAUGCUAAGGAAUUGAAAUGGCACAUCUAGUUUAUUUUCCCACACAGUAAGCGUUUGGGUUUUGUGGGGAAACAGUGCCAUGUAAACUUAACCCUUCAAGCUUCCACCUAAGAGUAUUAAACAAAACCUUGCAGAACUUUAUAUUUUUACUUUUACGCAACUCUAUAAAUGCCAAUACGAAAUAUACGUGUAUUAUAUAGCAUGAAUAAAAACCGCUUGGUUUGUAUGUGUAAGAGGUCUGGAGCAGAAGUGGUGUGGACGUUGCUCUGCCUCAGUGGUGGAGAAAGACCUUUGGCAUUUCUCCGGGACUCGGGGACCCUCUUGGUCAGGUACAAUGUCAAAUUCUCCUUUUUCUCUUCUGGAGCACUUGGCACAUCCCUGCAAGAGUCGUGGUCCAUUGCCAAUGACAUAUUCCCUUCCUGAGGAUCCCCGCUUGUGCUACGCAGGGUGCCAGUGACACCAGUUCACCCAGUCAUAACGAGGGUGUUACGCCAAUCCAUGAUUUAUUCUGCAAUGUAUCUUUUGGUUAAGCUUAUCUUAGCUGUGAAAGCGUCUCCUGGGAUCUCUCUGAUCACUCAAAAUACGGAAGUCAUGCUGUCUUUGAUUAAUAAAAACGUCAGAAAAGAAAACGUG